CUCAUUGUCUUCCUCGUAUCAGUAAACAAGAAGGAAGGAUGGCAGAAUUCCUUACUUUUGCUGCUGAGGGGAUACUGAAGAGAGUCGCUUUACUUGCCGAACAAGAAUUCAGUCUUCUCUGGGGUUUCAAAAAAGAACUCACAAGGCUUCGUGACUCACUAUCCAAGAUCCAAGCUAUGCUACGGGAUGCACAACAAUCGCACGUUCGGGGCGAGACUGUGGAAAUGUGGGCGAAGGAUCUUGAGGACAUAGCUCUUGAUGCUGACAAUGUCUUAGAUGAAUACGAAUAUGAAGUUCUCCGGCACAAGGUAGAACUGCAAAACCAUAUGAAGAAAAAGGUGCUCAACUUCUUUUCACACAACAAUCCUGUUGCAUUUCGGCUCAAAAUGGCACAUAAAAUUAAGAACAUUAUUGCAUCGUUGGCAAAUCUGAAGAACGAAGCAGCUAGUAUAGGACUAGUUGCUAGGUCAACAUUCGUUGAUGCAACCUCUGAUGAUAUGGGAGUGCUUGACAGGGAAACAGUCUCCGGCUUUGAUCGAGAUGAAAAGUACAUUGUUGGAAGGGAGGAGGUUGUGUCUGAGAUAGUUACAACCUUGAUCAACUCAAGCAAAAAUAAAGAGAAUUAUCUUUCAGUUAUGGCCAUCGUGGGGUUGGGGGGCUUGGGAAAGACAACCUUAGCUAAAUCGAUAUAUCAUGAAUAUGAGAUAGAUAGACACUUCGAUAAAAGAAUAUGGAUAUGUGUGUCCACCCCUUUCAAAGUCAAGUCGAUUUUAAAAGGGAUCUUGGAAUAUCUUAAACCAGAAAAAGCUGCAAUACAGCAUAAGGCAGCAAUUUGUGAAAACCUCCAAGAAGAUUUGAGAGGGAAGCGAUAUCUUCUGAUUCUCGAUGAUGUUUGGAACGAGGAUCCUCAGCAAUGGGAUAAUUUGAUGAGUUGUUUGUUAAACGUUAGAGAUACUCAAGGAAGCAUCAUUGUUGUCACUACUCGCAGUGUCAAUGUUGCAUCAGUCGUGCAAACACUUCCUAGGCAUGAUUUGGGAAAACUAUCAGACGAAGAAUGUUGGCUCGUAUUGAAGGAUAAAGCAUUUGCAGAUAGAAGUGCUUCUAUUACCGAAGAUCAAGAAAGAAUUGGAAGGGAAAUCGCUAAAAAAUGUGCAGGUGUUCCAUUAGUGGCAAAGGUUCUGGGAAAUAUGAUGCGUUGUAGGAGUGAUGGUUGGCAGUCAAUUCAAGAAAGUACAACAUGGGAUAUACCAGAAGGGGAAAAACGAAUUUUUUCGGUUUUGAAGUUGAGUUUUGAUGAAUUGAAAUCACCGUUUUUGAAGCAAUGUUUUGCAUAUUGCUCAAUGUUCACCAAAGAUUUUGAAAUUGAAAAGGAUGAGUUGAUCCAACUCUGGAUGGCUCAAGGAUUGCUUCACCCUUCUAACAAAAAUAAUCUAGAGAUGGAGGAUGUGGGAAAUGAAUAUUUUAAUAUUCUCUUGGAGAACUCCUUCUUUGAAGAUGUUACCAUGGAUAAUUAUACUACUACCACUAUUACCCACUGCAAGAUGCAUGAUCUUGUGCACGAUCUUGCCAUACUUGUAUCAAAACCAAAAAGAGGCGACUGCAAUGAAGUUCGACAUAUGGCGCAGGUUUCUACCUCAGUACUGCAGGGGAUUCCAAAAGGAAGUGCUCAAAAAUUACGCUCAAUAUUUGUGAAUGGUGAAAUUCGGGGUAACAUCUUAUCAAGCUUUAAAGGCUUACGAGUCCUAAAUUUAUAUUGGGCUGAUAUCAGUGAGUUGCCAUAUUCAAUUGGAAAGUUGAUACACUUGAGGUAUCUUGAUGUUUCUAGAACAAGGAUCAGCAGACUCCCCGAGUCUAUUGGAAAGCUUUAUCAUCUACAAACGUUAAAAAUGCGUGAUCUCAAGCUCGAAGAGUUUCCAAAAGAACUGAAAAAUUUGAUCAACUUGAGACAUGUUUAUUUUGAUCAUGAGGAUAAGAUAUAUCCACUUGGGAUUGGGCGUUUGACUAAUCUCCAAUCACUAUCUGUUUUCAUCGUGGGUAAGGAAAAAGGUCGUGGAAUAGAGGAGCUGGCUGGCUUAAAGCUACUGAAAGGUGACCUAUGCAUAUAUAAUCUAGAGAAUGUGAGAGAUGAAGAAGAAGCGAAGAAAGCAAACUUAGUGGGGAAGAAAAACAUCCGAAAACUAGGCUUUGACUGGAAGGCAGACAGGUCAAGAAUCAGCGUUAACGAUGAGGAUGUACUAGAAGGCCUUCGACCACACCCUAAGUUGGAACUUUUAGGAAUAUACAACUUUAUGGGUGAUAAGUUUCCAUCGUGGGUAACAAGUAGUUCAUUUCCUGCAUUGAAAGGAUUACAUAUAGAUAAUGCAAGGAACCUAAUUGAAUGGAUGGAAGCAGCAGAAAACAUAAUGGUGUUUCCUUGCCUUGAGGAGCUAUUUCUGAGGAAUUGUGAUCAGUUGAGAAGCGCCCCCAGUCAUUUUCCAUCUCUUAAACGGUUAGAGAUAAAUUCCACGGUUAGUGGCAUGCCAAUAGCAAAUAUAAGCACCAACCUCAGCACUCUCACUUGUCUCACAUUAAAGAAAAUAAGGGGACUCGAUUCUCUGCUAGAAGGGUUGUUGAAAAAUAACAAGAAUCUUGCAUGUUUGGAGAUAGAGGAUUGUCCGGAGUUAACUUGUAUUGCUACGGAUGUAUUUGGGUGUUGCGCCUCUCUUGAUUCAUUGCGUAUUUCUACAUGUGAUAAUCUUAGAUGUUUGCCUGAUGGUCUUCACACUCUUCUAUCUCUUACGAAGAUAGCUAUAGAGCGUUGCGAUAGUCUAGAGUUCAUUCCAGUUAUACACGGUCUCACUUCUCUCUGCGAAUUGUCUAUUGUUGACUGUCCUCAGUUAUCCAGUCUACCUGAUGGGCUAGAUUACUGCACCUCUCUUCAAACAUUGGAAAUACAAAACUGCUCCAAAAUAACGACAAUUCCAAUCACACAAGGCCUCCCAUCUCUCUGUGCAUUGCAUAUUAGAUAUUGUCCUGAAUUAUCAAGCCUACCGAGUGGGUUGGAAUAUUGUACCUCUCUUCAAAAGCUGACAAUAUCGUCUUGCUAUAAACUCACCUUGAUUCAAAUUCAUGGCCUCCCAUCUCUCCGGAAGUUGUCAAUAAAGUAUUGCAGGAGUCUAGAGUCGAUUCCAAGUUCUUUGCAAGGCUGCACAUCCCUCCGUGAACUGCAUAUCAGUUGUUGUAACAGUUUGAAGCAUUUUCCAGAUGGGCUACAACCGUUUGCCUCUCUUGAGAAUCUCACAAUACGCAGUUGCCCAAAUCUAGAAACUACUCCAAGUUUAGAAAGCCUCACGCACCUCCGUGAGUUGGUUAUAUAUGAGUGUGAUGGACUAAAAAGUUUACCUGGUGAUUUAGCAGCAUCUUCGCAAUGCAGCCUUGCUCACUUGAAUGUAUUGAAAAUUGGUGGGUUCGGGAAGGAGCUCGAUUCAUUCCCUCCUUUUCAGGUUAUGUCACAACUUGAAAGAUUAAGCUUGUGGGGUUGGCCUAAGCUCAAGUCUCUACCUGAACAAGUUCAGCACUUCACUUCUUUAACACAUUUGGUUAUAUAUUCCUUUGACGGCUUGGAGGCUCUUCCUGAGUGGUUGGGUAACCUUGCAUCUCUUAAGUUCCUGCGUACAGAGAGUUGCAAGAAUCUGAUGUAUCUACCUGUCGCUGAAGCUAUGCAACGUCUCACCAAAUUAAAUGAGAUACACAUUUUUGGUUGUCCCCUUCUAUAAGAGAGAUGCAACAAGGAGAGCGGCCCAGAAUGGCCCAAGAUUUCACAUAUCGCAAAGAUCACUGUUGACUAUCAACCAUACUAGCCAGACACAAGACUUUGUCCCCAAAUACUUCAAAUUCGUGUGCAUGGUUGAUGUAAAUCUUAUUCAAGUCAGCCACUCUUUGAAAGGUGCUGUUGGAGUUGAAGUUCUUUAUGGAAAAUUAUGUUCAUUUUAAUUAUAAGCGUACGAGCACUUCCCAAUUGCUUGAAGUUGCAUGGCAUCAGGGGGCAUUUUUAUUCUUUUAGCAUAAUUCGGAGGUGGCUUUCCAGGAUGGAUUUCACUCAACUGGAGGAGCUGUUGUGCAGUCG